GUGUCAUGUCUCUGUGGCUCUGCCCCGUGCCUGCUCUGUGGCUGCUGCCCCUCGGCCAAGAACUCCACCAUCUCCCGCCUCCUCUUCACCUUCUUCCUCUUCCUCGGCACCCUCGUGUCCAUCAUCAUGAUAAUCCCGGGCGUGGAGAAGGAGUUGCACAAGCUCCCUGGUUUCUGUGAAGGCAGUGGCUCAGUGCUGGGGGUGCAGACCAAGGUGGACUGCAGCAGCUUCCUGGGCCACAAGGCUGUGUAUCGCAUGGGCUUCGCCAUGGCUGCCUUCUUCUGCCUCUUCGCCGUGCUCAUGGUGUGCGUGAGGAGCAGCAAGGACCCGCGGGCCGCCCUGCAGAACGGCCCUCUGCACCGUCACCUUCAUCUUCUACGCCGCCUCCAUCACAGCCAUUGUGCUGCUCUAUGUCUACUACACCAAGCCUGAGGGCUGCACGGAGGGCAAGGCCUUCAUCAGCAUCAACCUCAUCCUCUGCCUCAUCGUCUCAGUUGUGUCCAUCCUCCCCAAGAUCCAGGAGGCUCAGCCACACUCGGGGCUGCUGCAGGCAUCCCUCAUCACCCUCUACACCAUCUACAUCACCUGGGCCGCCCUGGCCAACGUGCCGAGCCGGACGAGAGCCUGCAGGUGCUGAGCAGCCCCUGGACGGCCGUGUGGGUGAAGAUCUCCUCCAGCUGGGCCGGGCUCCUGCUCUACCUCUGGACCUUGGUGGCUCCACUGCUGCUGCCAGACCGGGACUUCAGCUGAGGUGGCCUUGGCUGUGCUGCUGCCACCGUGGCGCUGUCCCUCGAGGCUGGGGACAGCCCCAGCUCUGCCUCAGCCUCCGCUCUGCACGCUGGAGCUGCUGUGCUGGGCUGUGCCUUCUUGCAGCUCUUUAGUUUUAUUUUGAAAGGGAUGAAGUGCCAAGCAGAGAAAAUUAAGGGCUGGGAGAGACCUGAGGGUGGUUUUAAAGCUCUCAGCAUCUCCGUGUUUGUGUAGUGCCUUGGGCAGUGCCUCCAGACCCUCUCUGCCCAGCAGACACCACUGCCUUGCCUUGGGAGGGUUUGGUUCUCCCCAGCCGCAGGGAUGGGUCCCUGUUGGUGCCUUUUGGGGUCUCUGGGGUCUGGUGGGGUCCCAGGACCCAGGCCCUGGCCAGUAUUGUGUCCCCAAAGAGGGAAACAAAUCUGGAGACUUGUGGCUGGGGCAGAGGCCCUGCUGUGUGCCAGGUCCUGCUGUGUGCCAGCCUUGGUGGUGGCCCCAGCUCCCUGUCCUCUACAGGGCACAGCUCAGUGUCACAGAUCCCUGUCCUCUACAGGGCACAGGUCAGUGGCACAGCUCAGUGUCACAGCUCCCUGUCCUCUGUGGGGCACAGGUCAGUGUCACAGCUCCCUGGGCACAGGUCAGUGGCACAGGUCAGUGUCACAGCUCCCUGUCCUCUGUGGGACACAGGUCAGUGUCACAGAUCCCUGUGCUCUGUGGGGCACAGGUCAGUGUCCCACAGGCCUGGCCCCAGCUCUUUGCCUCGUUAGUAAAGUCUCGUUUGGAAUAAACACGGUUUAUUUGGA